AUGUUGAGUGUUAUAGAAGAACGGGAACAGGUGCUUAUUAGGUGGAUUGAAAAAUGCGAAACGAAUGUGCGAAGGGUGAUCCAAGAUGGAUUGAAAAUUCAGGAAGCGACCUUCAAAUGCCUGCUGAAAAGAAUCGACGACAAAUCAUGGGCUAUUAAAUAUGCUGUCGGGAUCUGGUUUUCGGAUUGUCUUGGCACUUACAGAGUGGCGAUUCCUGAAACUCUUUCCAAGCUUUUAACGGAUGAAAAGCUGCAAACAUUGAAAGUAGAAAAGACUGGUGAUGAUGAUGAUGGUUCAGAUCAGUCCGUUUUUGUGAUGCUUUUUGAGCUUGCCACUAUCCAUCCUUCUUUGGCUAUUGAUAUGCUUAAAGUGAUUCGAAAUCAUCCAAAUUUUACACGGCGAAAAAUUGCAUCGAUGUUUUUGGUUGUUCGUGCAAUCGUCAAUUAUGCUGAUAUAUUUCGUGAAACGGUACCAUUGCUUACGGAAAUUUCACAGAGCGUUUUUGAAGGUCUUCGACUGGCGGAACCAAUACUUAUUAUGCAAGAAGCCGUUCUGUGUGCAAUACAUUACGAUCGAGAAGACAGUGACACAACUGCAGUUCCAUUCUCUCAUCUAGAAUUUAGUAACGAGGUAGCAGUGAAACUGUUGCAAACGUUUUGUGAUCUGGCACAUGAUCACAUGGAAAAAGAAAUGGUUGAUUUGCGCCGAAACCACGUUAAUUCUGAAUCAAAAACGUAA